UAAAAAAAUAUACGCAAUGGAUCAGCCAGACGAUCAUUUUCGUUAUAUACAUAGCUCUUCGCUGCACGAACGUGUUCAAAUCAAAGUCGGCACACUUGAAGGCAAAAAACGCCAGCCAGAUUAUGAGAAACUGCUCGACGAUCCAAUAUUGCGUUUUUCAGGCCUCUAUUCGGAGGAGUAUCCAUCCUUUCAGGUGCGUCUGCAGGUCUACAACGAUGGACGACCCUAUUGCCUGCCCGUUCACAAUUCAUACAAGGCCUUUGGCAAACGCUGGAGCUGGAACGAGUGGGUGACAUUGCCAUUGCUCUUUUCCGAUUUGCCACGGGGCGCAAUGCUGGUGCUAACCAUCUUGGACUGCUCCGGUGCUGGCCAAACAACGGUCAUUGGCGGCACUGCAAUCUCAAUGUUUGGCAAAGAUGGCAUGUUCCGUCAAGGCAUGUACGACUUGCGCGUCUGGCUGGGCGUUGAGGGCGAUGGUAGUUAUCCGAGCAAAACCCCAGGCAAAGGCAAAGAGUCCUCAAAAUCGCAGAUGCAGCGCCUCGGAAAAUUGGCCAAAAAGCAUCGCAAUGGUCAGGUGCAAAAGGUGGACUGGCUGGAUCGUUUGACAUUCCGUGAAAUCGAGGUGAUUAAUGAGCGUGAGAAACGGAUGUCGGAUUACAUGUUUCUCAUGAUUGAGUUUCCCACCAUCAUCGUUGAUGAUAUGUAUAACUAUUCAGUUGUGUAUUUUGAGCCAGAAGUGGAUAACAAGUAUAAAUUGCCACCCAAACCCAAGCUGGUGCUAGUCCCCGACUCGGAGAUUCAAAUGGAAAAUCUUGUGGAGCGCAAACAUCAUCGCUUGGCACGUUCGGAACGCUCGGGCAUCUCAGAUCGGGACGCCAAACCAACGGCCAUCAUACGGGAUCAAUUGAACAAGAUUGUGUGCUAUCCGCCCACCUAUGUGCUAAGCAGCGAGGAGCAGGAUUUGGUUUGGAAGUUCCGUUUCUAUUUGUCAUCGCAUAAGAAGGCGCUGACCAAGUUCCUGAAGUGCAUCAAUUGGAAACUCAAUGAUGAGGUCACCCAGGCACUGUGGAUGCUCGCCAAUUGGGCGCCCAUGGACGUGGAGGAUGCACUGGAGUUACUUAGUCCAACAUUUACGCAUCCGGAGGUGCGCAAGUAUGCGAUAAGUCGUCUGGCCCAAGCACCCGACGAGGAUCUGCUGCUCUAUCUGCUCCAAUUGGUGCAGGCGCUCAAGUACGAGGAUCUCCGUAAUAUAAUCCAGUUGCAUAACAUUAUUGUGCCGGAACCGGAACGAGAUGUGGUCCGCUCGCUGCUCGAUGAGAAUGACUCGCUGCUGGACCAAAGCAGCAUAUCCGAUUUGAGCGCGACGAGCAGCACUCUACACGCCUCCGUUAUACCUGCCAAUCAACGAGCUGCCCUCGCGGCCAACAAGGUCGACAAAUCCGCUAUGGGCAGCAGUGUGAGCAGUGUGCCAGCAAUUCGGGCCAGUCCGCCGUCAGCCCGAAUGGAUCGCACUGAUGUGGGCGAUGUGGCCAGCGCCGCUUCGCUGACCUCCCAAUCGAAUUCGAUAACACCGCUGCUGGGCCAAGGUGUCGCCCUCAAUCUGUGCACAUUCCUCAUACAGCGCGCCUGUAAGAAUGCAACGCUGGCCAACUAUUUGUACUGGUACCUGUCCAUCGAGGUGGAGGAUGUGGAAUCUGUGCGUAAACAGGAUCAGCGUGCACACGACAUGUACACCAUGGUGCUCUACAUAUUCCUCAAGGUGCUCGACAACGGCAACUUUCAUUUGCGAGGCAUUUCACAUAAUCUGCGGAAGCAGCAGUGCUUUAUUGAUGAGCUGGUCAAGCUGGUCAAACUGGUGGCCAAGGAGCCGGGCAAUCGCAACAAGAAAACGGAAAAGUUUCAGAAGCUACUCGCUGAACAGCUCAUGUUCAAGGUAAACUUUACCAACUUUGAGCCAAUACCAUUCCCUCUAGAUCCGGAGAUCUAUAUUACCAAAAUAAUACCACCGCGCACGUCUCUCUUCAAGAGUGCCCUCAUGCCGGCCAAACUGACUUUUGUCACCUCGAUUGCAAAGCAUGAAUAUGUGGCAAUAUUCAAGCAUGGCGAUGAUCUGCGUCAGGAUCAGCUUAUACUGCAAAUGAUAACGCUAAUGGACAAGCUGCUGCGUCGAGAGAAUCUCGAUCUCAAGCUGACACCGUACAAGGUGUUGGCCACCAGUUCGAAGCAUGGCUUUCUGCAGUACAUCGACUCGUGCACCGUUGCCGAGGUCCUUGCUCGCGAAACCAACAUACUUAAUUUCUUUAAGCGUCACAAUCCAUGCGAGAACGGUCCGUACGGCAUUGCCGCCGAGGUCAUGGAUACGUACAUCAAAAGCUGUGCCGGCUACUGCGUCAUCACAUAUCUGCUGGGUGUGGGUGAUCGUCAUUUGGACAAUCUGCUGCUGACGACCAAUGGCAAGUUGUUCCACAUUGACUUUGGCUACAUACUGGGACGCGAUCCGAAACCCAUGCCGCCACCGAUGAAGCUGAGCAAGGAAAUGGUCGAAGCAAUGGGCGGCGUGAGUUCCGAUCAUUAUCACGAGUUCCGCAAGCAAUGCUAUACGGCGUAUUUGCAUUUACGUCGUCAUGCCAAUGUCAUGCUGAAUCUGUUCUCGCUAAUGGUGGAUGCCACCGUGCCGGAUAUUGCGCUCGAGCCGGACAAGGCGGUCAAGAAGGUUGAGGAGAACCUACAGCUGGGCCUCUCCGACGAGGAGGCGGUUCGGCACUUGCAGAGCCUCCUAGAUAUAUCCAUAACAGCAGUGAUGCCAGCCCUUGUCGAGCAGAUACAUCGCAUCACGCAAUAUUGGCGCAAAUAGAUUUUAAGUAUAUAUCUUUUAAUGAUACUCAGUUCCCCUUUUUGCCUGUCCGAUCGUCUAGAGCAGGAAUGUAGACUUGUGUAUAACGAAUCUAUGUCCGUAUCUAUCACGGCUUUAGAAUUGGAUCUCCUGGCAGAGUAUUGGCCAGUCGGUGGGUGCCCACUGCAGUGUUUUACAUAUUUUAUUUGUUGUUAGCUGUAAGCAUAUAUUUUAGUCCAAUCGCAGUAGGUAAGCCUAUCUAGCCACAUCCUAGUGUAUUAUUAUAAAUAUAAAUACCUAUAUUAAGUGA